AUGGGUUUAAAUUUACACUGGAGAGGUAUCGAUGGCCGUGGAACAGGGCACCAAGGCUGGGCCUGGGACCCUACCUUUCAGCUUAUGAGGUUGCCCAGUAUCCCCGCUGAAUCAUUAUACAUCGAAAUCCUCUUCAUUUUACCUGAGAUUGGAUGA